GCAAUCUGAUUGUAUUUGAUUUUAAAUUAGAAUUUAUUCAAUCGACAUGACGACAGAAAAAAAGAGACCAACUGACAAAUUUUUGGAUGACGGACUGGAGUUAUUCAAAUUAUACUGCGAAGGAAAGAGCCGACCUUUCAUGUUUCCACCAGCACCUUCACAAAAUCGAAUCGAUAUUUACGAAGAUUUUCAUAUUCAAACCGAUAAAGAAGCUGAAACUGACCAGAAGAAACAGAGUGACUAUGAAGCCGAAGUAGUUAUGUAUAGAGCACUCGAACAGUUGGACGCAUCUAUGAUCGUCUUACACGGGCUAAAAUACACUCAUAAGCAGUUUCGAAUGUGGGAUUCUAACCAUGACGCGAAAAGCUGCAGCAAAGAAACAAACAAAAGCCCCAGUUGCAAAAACAAAGAAUUAAACAAAACUGAAGGUGAACACGAUUUCGUGGUGAUAGGUCCUGACUACAUAGUUAAAAUUGAAGUAAAGAACCCUAAAGUAUUUCAGCCGUCAGCGGCCAGCAAUAUUAUGCCAAAAAGUCCAAUCAGGUCAUCUAUCAACAAUGCAAAAGUUCAACUUAAAAAAGCAGAGGAACUUAUAUGCGGAAUAGCAGAAAAAACUUCUGGCCAAAGUUUUCAAAAAAUCGAAUUAAUUCAGCUGGUAGCUUUUCCAAAUCUCGACCAAACAGAAAUAUCUCAGGGAACAGACAAUUCUGAGGUUAAUUUAGUUUUGGUUAAUAAGUCAGACUUACAAAAUUUUAAAACCUUCUGGAAAAACAAUAUAGAAGGCCAAAAAAAGUCAAAAACUUCCAUUGAUGGUGACAUUGGAAAAAUUCAAAGUGUGCUCAUCCAAAUGUUUGCCAUUGGAACAAACAACAAAAUAGAAGAAAUCGAAAUUAGCCCUGCCAUCCGAAAACUGAAAAACAAAAUUAGUCUUGCCGAUUGCGUAGUCGACAUUGACCGAAAACUGAGAGACGGACGUAUUACUUUUGAGAGAGAAAACCGAUCCUCUAAACCAAAUGUAUCGAAAAUCAGCGAUACAUCUGAUACAAAACUUGAUAAAUUACCAGCAUUCCUAAAAACCAGCAAUCCAGCUGAUACAGCUCUUACCGAUAAUGAUAAAAAAUUUUUCAAGGAUUAUUUGGGUCUUAACUACGUAACAAACGAACAAUGGAAAGCUUACCAAAAUCAAAAUGAAAAAGAAAACCAAGAGGAAGAUCAAGAAAAACUAGCUGAUAAAAAAGAAGAUGGAAACGACAAACUACAACAUGAGGCCAAACAAAAAGAAAUUGAAACCAAAAAAUUAGACAGCCAAACUAGAGAAACUGAAAAAUUGUCACACAUCCCCCUUUACGGACACUUCAUUCAUGGACCCCAAAUACUCGUUCAAGUUUACCGCCAAGACGCGAUCGAAUAUUUCCAUUGGGAUACAAUUGAAAAAAUAUUCAAUUUGGAAAUAAAAGAUCGCGAAAUCGAAUGUGCGUUUUUUUUCUUUCCACGCUUUUUUCAUCGCAGAGGUAAAAGGGAGGAGUGGAUUAGAGAUAAUUCUGAUGACCUCUUCACAGCUGGAACUGAAAAACGUAAGGAAUUCAUCAGUUCAUCGGAGUUCACGCAAUGUCACAUUUUACUUCCAUUUGAUCCCACCACCGACUAUGCAGAGGCACUUCAGUUUUUGUACAAUGCUAUUUCACGAGCUCGGGUUUUAUGCCAUGUGCACGUGCUGAUGAAUAAAAGCAGAGACGAAGUUGACGGCAAGUUGCGAGUUAUUUUCCCAGAAGCAAGAAUCAAAUAUGAAGAACCAGAACCAUAG